AUGGGAGUCUUAGUCUCAAUGGGCGGGUUCAUCUUCGGCUAUGACACCGGUCAGAUCUCAGGCUUUUUGGAAAUGGACAACUUCCUGCAGCGCUAUGGCGAGCCCAAUGGCGAUGGACAGUAUCACUUCACCAACGCACGUUCCGGAGUGAUAGUGGCUCUGCUCUCCAUCGGCACGCUGAUGGGCGCGUUGGCUGCUGCCCCCAUUGCAGAUCGCGUCGGACGCAAAUGGUCCAUUAGCGGGUGGUGCGUGAUCCUCUGCGCCGGCAUCACGGUGCAGAUAUCUGCUCCAGUUGGGAAAUGGUACCAAGUCGCCUUGGGCCGUUGGGUGGCAGGCCUCGGCGUGGGUGCUCUGUCUUUGCUCGUGCCUAUGUACCAGGGUGAAUCCGGUCCGAGGCACAUUCGAGGGUCGCUGAUCAGUACGUAUCAACUCUUCGUCACCCUUGGUAUCUUCGUCGCCUACUGUAUCAACUACGGAACUGAGGCCCGUAAUGACACCGGAUCCUGGCGCAUUACCAUGGGAAUCACCUACGUGUGGGCGAUCAUUCUAGGAGUGGGCAUUGCUUUCUUCCCAGAAAGUCCUCGCUACGAUUAUCGCCAUGGGAGAAUCGAAAGAGCCAUGAACAGCCUGGCCAAGGUCUAUGGCAUCCCGACAAACCACCGUGCCCUGCACCAGGAACUCGAAGAGAUCAAGCAGAAACACGAAGAAGAGAUGACCCGUGGCAACGUCACCUGGGGACAGAUGUUCCGUGCUCCCCGAAUGGCAUACAGAGUUGUCGUCGGGGUGUCUUUGCAGGCUCUUCAGCAGCUAACCGGUGCCAACUACUUUUUCUACUACGGUACGACUGUCUUUAAGGGAGCUGGUAUCCAAAAUAGUUAUGUCACCCAGAUGAUCCUUGGUGCCGUCAACUUUGGUACCACAUUCCUGGGUCUCUAUUUCAUUCAGAACUUUGGCCGUCGCAAGUCUCUCAUUGGGGGAGCCCUCUGGAUGUUCAUCUGUUUCAUGGUCUUUGCCUCAGUGGGCCAUUUCUCCUUGGACCGGGAGAACCCCGAGAAGACGCAUUCUGCGGGAGUUGUCAUGGUUGUCUUCGCCUGUCUCUUUAUCCUGGGAUUUGCAAGCACAUGGGGUCCAAUGGUGUGGGCCAUUAUUGCUGAACUCUACCCAUCCGAAUUCCGUGCACGAGCAAUGUCGCUGGCGACAGCAUCGAACUGGCUGUGGAACUUCCUCCUGGCAUUCUUCACGCCUUUCAUCACCAGUGCCAUCGACUUCCGAUUCGGGUACGUCUUUGCCGGCUGCCUUUUCCUGGCCGCGGCCCUGGUGUACUUUGCCGUCAUCGAGGGCAAGGACCGCACUCUGGAGGAGAUCGACACGAUGUACGUCAUGAAGGUGAAGCCCUGGGAGAGCUCCAAGUUCGUGUUCCCCGAGCGGACGGUCUACAACGAAACCGGUGGUAGUUCCUCCGACAAGGUCGAAGAUAUCGGAGCUUCCCACGUUGCCGACGGGACCGUGGAACUGGAGGAGACAAUCUCAUAA